UUCGACUUCAAGAAGUUUCGUUUCUACUUUCACUUAUUCUGUUAAUGCUCAACAUGGCGUCCAUGCAAGAAAAGUACGAUACUGCUCUGAUUGGAAUUUUACAGAAUGAAGGACAGAUCGCAAAGUUUUUAGAUGUCAUGUUGGGUUUUCUGUACAGAAGGACAGAUUUUUAUCGGAUUAUGAAGACGGAACACGACAAGCUUGGCUUUCCACCAGGUGUAGCCAUGAAACUUUUACUCAAUAUCUUCAAAAAAUAUGAAAGUCUUGCAGCACAAGAUGAAAUUAAACGACAAAAAUUGCUUCAAGAAAGAGUUUCACACACAGAGGAAACAGAGACAGUCAGGAAAGAAGCAUCGUCAAAGACAAGCAGCCUGUCAUCAGAAACAUCGACAGCUCAUUCACCUCAUCCAAAAUUUGAACAGGCUGCCUCUCCAAGCCAUGAGUUAACAUCAGUUUCAACAAAACCUUUUGCCCCUGCAGAAACAGAAGAAGAAAAAAGACCAUCAGAUUCUCAGAGAGUUGUUGACAAAGCCAUUACAGAUGAAAACAUUUCCUUAAAAAUGGAGGCUGAUAAAAGCAGUCCAACAAGCUCUGAGGAGGAUCAAGAAAGGCAACAGAAGACAUUUCAAGCUAACCCUGAAAGUUACAAUGGUGCUGUUCGUGAAAACUACUCAUGGUCACAGUCAAUCACAGAUGUUGAUAUCCGAGUGAAGGUUCCAAGCACAAUCUCCAAAGGAAAAGAUGUUAAAGUGGAAAUAGGCAAGAAGAGAUUGUUUGUAGGCUAUCGUGGAGAUGCCGGAGAGUGGGUGGAAGCAGUCAAGGGUGAUCUUAUUUGGGAAGUCAAGGCAGAAGAUUCCAUGUGGACUCUCAGCCCAGGACAGCACGUUCAUAUUAACUUAGAUAAAAAGGAGGAGCGAUGGUGGGAAGCAGUGUUUGUUGAUGAGCCCAAGAUCAACACUCGCAAAAUUGACUGCAGCCGUCCAAUUACGGAUUUGGAUGCUGAAGCACAAGCCAAAAUUGAAGAAAUGAUGUACAAUGAACAUCGGAAACAACUUGGAUUGCCCCAGUCUCAUGAGCAGAAAACGUUGGACAUGCUUCGCCAGGCAUGGAAUGCCGAGGGAUCUCCCUUUCGUGGUCAGCCAUUUGAUCCUUCAGCCAUCAGCGUUGAUCCAAGUGGUGUUGUCAAAAUUAAAUAAACUCGUCAUAUCUGUGAUUUUUUUUGACAGCUCUCAUCUGUAUAGGCAGAUUUUACUUGGGAUUGUACUGCCUAAAAAUGGAGGGAUUUCCAUAUCGGCAAACUUUAAAGUGAAUGUGGCCAUGCCAUUCAGAACAUGCAGGUGGUUGUUUUAUGACAGUUUUCUUCCUUUCUGGUUUGGUAAUAAUUUAGAGGGUGGGAGGAGAGGUGAACUGAUCAUUCUGAGGCUGAGAGAGACAGUUUCCUUUUGUCAACCGACACAGUACAGGGAAAUAGUUAAAAUAUUGAACAUAAACCAUUAGUCCCUUUAUACAGGCCAUUUGGGAUGGUAGGAGGAGCAUAAUGCUAGAUAAUACAAUGAUGGAAAGGCUUUGACACACAGGCUGUUGCUGAGCAGUGGAAUGCAGGUCUGACAAUUUGAGAUCUGUCCACUUCUGUCAACAAUUUUUGCCUGCCAGUUCUUCCACCAUCCUUGUCAUUGGCUUCCCUAGUGUGUGCCCCGAAGGAUGGUCUUACUGUGCUGUGUCAAUUGGCAAAACCAGGCAAGUUUGCACCACUUGAACCAUGUUAUAGGAGUAUUCCAACUUUUUAAACUGCAUAGUUUACAUAUACAAAGUUCUCUAAGCAAAAGGCUAUGUUGGCACAAUUUUACAUGCAUUUUUCUAGGCAGCCAUAGUCGUGGUUCUUUAGCCAUUGUAAGCCUAACCCACUAUUUGCUUUGGCUUCAUUAGCUCCUUCAGAUAUUAAAGUACCAUGUUUCACACCUGUGCAAUUUUGGAUGUUUAUUGUUUGUGUCACCAGUGUAUAGCACUUCACAUCAAGGCCAGCCUAAAGAGUAAUGGGCUUUUCAUAAGAGUAAAAUGUAAUGAACAUCUUACAAUAUUCUGUAAAUUUCCCCAAAAUUUUCCUAAUGAAUAACGUUCAAUCUUUUUCUUGUGAUGUCAGGUCACAUCUGAAUUAGAAAGAGUAAAAUCUUAAAGGAGAAGAGAUAAUCUGUUGUGAACUUCAAAACAGAAUAAAUGUAACAAUAACAAUAUAUAUAUAUAUGAUAUUGUCAUCUGGUUUAGUAAAAAGGAAUUCUGUAAAAAUGUAAAUAUUUUACGAUAUUUUUUUGUUGUCAUUAUUAAAGUGUUGCUCUUGUC